AUGCUUUCUUUGAAAUUGAUUUUGGAAGUGACAGAUUCCAUAUACGACUGCACUACUGGUAUUAUCUGUUAUCCGGUUGAUGGAGAGACAGAGAUUGAGCCUAAUUGUGAUUUGUACAAGCCCAUACCAAAAAUUGGGCUGGCCUGCAACCGAAUGUUAAAACCAGUGUGCGGCACAAAUGGUCAGACCUACACAAACGAAUGUGAGCUAUGUUCUGACAAAUUGAAGUUAAAAAGCAAAAUCAAGAUCAAGCACAAAAACAGCUGUGUUAAGGACGAUUGCCAAGAAUAUGGAACAGUAUGUACCAUGGAGUCUAAUCCAGUCUGUGGAUCUGAUUCUGUUACCUAUGACAACAAAUGUAGCUUUUGCAAUGCUAAGACAAGGAAUGCUGACCUACUAAUUGUAUCCGAUGGAGAAUGCAAACCAAAGGAUGAAUGCGAGGGUUACAAAGAGCUCUGCACCUUCAUUUACUCUCCAGUGUGCGGAUCUGAUGCUGUUUCCUAUAGCAGCAUGUGCAUCUUUUGCGGUGCCAAGCGACAGUGA